CAAUGGAAACGCUCAGCCUAUUUUGAUGUCAGUCAGUCAGACUCAAAAUCAUCUCGUAAUCAUCGUUCAAGUUGCAUUUUACAUAUCUUCUGUAGAUUUUCCGAAUACUAAGUCGGAAUCGCCCAGAAAUUAGUUUGAAAUCAUGGGUAUUACUCGCACUGGUCGUGACAUCGACAAUCAAGAUGAAUCCGUCUCCAACUAUCAUUCUGUCAAUGACCCGCCUGAGCCCUCAGACCUCGAAUCGGAGGCAGUCUCUGUCAUCUCGGAAGCAGUUGUCGAUUUUGAUGAUGAAGUUGUUUUCAUCGAAUCUGAUUUGAAUAGGUUGAAUGAUGAGCUUACUCAAUUGCUUGUCAUUGAGCAACCCCGCCGGCCCGCUCCGAGGAUCCGCCGAAGGGCCCGGUCAGAAUCAUUGGUUUAUUUCCUUGAUAAACAGGUUUUGAACCCGAAGAAAAUGGCAUCUCUUGGAAAGCGUGCUGCUCGUCGCUAUGCCAAUAGUAUGCAAUUGAUUGCCUUUGCUGAAAAAGAUCUUGAUGCGGAUGAUGUCGAUUCAUUUCUAUCUCGUUGCAGAGAAGGACCCUUCUAUGGACUCUUGUCCGAAAAAGAUUCAGAGGAGCUGUCAAAGUUCAUCAGUGGGUUAGGCUUAGACGAAAUAUGCCCUAAGAAAUUUCUUCAAAGCGCUGAAAUGAAGAAGGAAAAGCCUAGAAAGAAGAGUAAGAACAGCACCAAGGAUCAGUUUUUGGCAGAGACCGCUUUUCGUAAGAUCAGCACCUAUCAGAGAAGUUUAUUCAAAGGAAGAAAUUCCCCGCGGGGAAUCAUUGAAACUCAGGAAAAUACUUUGGUCAACUUUUUUGAAACAUCUCCCGCAGAAAUUUGGGAGUCAGCAGAGCUUUCAGACUUUGAACGGUUGAUCAUGCAUGGAGUAACUGAAUACUAUCAGCUUCAGUCAAAAAGCAUCCCAGCCAAGAAUAAAAAUAAAUUAAUGCGAGUUUCAAAUCAUAAAGCUAAGUUCUCAGUGCCUCCGUUACGAUUGACUGAAUAUUUGGACUGUCUUGAUCUUCAGUCCAACCGAUCCAACUGCCGCACACCGAAAGCAGCUUAAACUGCCGUAUCUUACCUCGGACAAAAUUUCUUAAUCGAUUGACUCUUCACUUCUUUUUUAUGUUCGUUGAAUCUGUUUCAAUAUUUGACUUAAUUCAUGUACAUAUGUUCGUAUGUAAUACUUGGGCUAUUAUAGUAGAUUUAGCUAUGUCUUGAGAUCGUACAGUGUAAAUUGUUUCGAGAUCAGCAAGGCCAGAAAAUUUUGAAGUCUUGUAUCAUUUGAGCUGGUAAUUAUUGAGCUCUUGUUAAUUAAAAAGUUAACUUUACUUUAAAUUACGUUCUCGUAGCAUUUUUCAUUCAGAGAAAGAUAAAAGCUGAUAGCUAGGUCAAGAAAUUUGUUCAUUUAUUUAAAUAUCAAAAAUUUAAGCCUCUAAUAUCCUCAUGAGAGGCAUUAUUAAGCUCUUAACUCCCUCUUUAUUCUUCAUUACAGUUUAACAACUCUUUUUUAAGUCCUUUGAAAUUUUAAAACGACGAGGGAAACUAAUGUAUUGAAUACAUUCAGAAGGUUAUAGACAAUAGUUAAUUUCAGAUUUUCAUUUAUAUAGUAUUAAAUUUAAAGAUUUUACUCUUAUAACUUGCCUGAAUAUUAAUUUGGACGAAAAAUAACUUCCCUGGUCUGUUUUUGAUAGUGUUCGAAAGUUCUUUCCCUCUACAUAUCUCUUUGUGAGCUCAUCACAAGCUGAAGUUUUGGUUCAAUGUGGAAGAAUAUGUUUUCAGUUUUCUCUCUCUUGUAAUUAUAUUUUUAGGCUAUAUAAUUUGUGCAUCUUGGUGAAAGCAUAUGGAUAAUAAUUUGUGUAUAGAUUUAAUUGAGUAAGGACUGAUGUAAAUAAUUUGCUGUCUCUCUGUGAGCCUUCAAAUUUUGCCAAAACCCUUAAAACUUUCCCUCCCUCUACCCUUUGUGUAAUUUUGUAACUUUAUAGAAAAUGUUUUUUUGGUUUUGGAUUAUAUCCUAACGGAGCCUCUCUAAAAUAAAAUACAAUUAAAUGAAUCUACGGUGAUGAAGCUCUCAUGGGCGAAUCAAGAGGGCCUUGAGAAUUCAUGACUUUAUUUUCUUUUGUUGUAUUCUACCUUUUGUAUUUCAUUUUGUAUGUGUUUUUUUACAAACUAAGAAAUGCCUCUUUGUCAUCUGAAUGUAUUUAUGAGAUGGAUUGAAGUUAAGGUGCAGACUGUAGCUAGGUCAGUUUAGCUUUCAGCCUUCAAAUUAAUAUUUAUAUAUAUCAUCUUAAUUUUAAUUUCUCCUUAAAAUUUUGCACUAUCAACGCAGCUCUAGGGGACCACUUGCCUUGAUUUCUUUUAAAUUAUUGACAUAUUUGAAACAUUUUGGAUUGUGGAGGAAUAUCCAUUCCUAGAAAACGAGUAUUAUCGCUUUGAAUCCUUCAUCUAUGGCGCAUGAGUGCCUGGUGCAUUUAACAACUCAGUGUUUGUUGCACUGUACCUUUAAGACUAUUCAGAUGCCACACAAUAUGAAACACGCUAUUUAGUCAAAAACCGCAGUUAAAACAUCACUGAGAAACUUUUUUGUUAUCAAUAUUUAUCUAUCUUUUAUUCACUGCCGAAUCUUAUCAUUCUACAUAUUAUUUAUUCAUUUGUGUUACUAAGCAUUCUGUGAUUUAGACAGAGCUGAUUUCCAUUGCAAACCAAAAUUUUUUGAAAUUGCAUAAUGAAGAUCAGCAUUAACACUGAGAUUUUUCAGCUUGAUUAUCACAAAUUUUCCUAAUUGAAUGCUUGUAAUCAAAAAGUUCCAGUAAAUAGGAAUGGCUGAGGUCGAUUGUGUGCAAUUUUCUUGCUAUUUGUGGGUGCAUUUUAAGUUAUCUUUUUGGUUUCUAUUUUAAUCAAUGCCUCAGGAAGAUUUAGAUGCGUGAAUUUGGCAUUAAUAUCAAAGAAUUUUUCCAGUGGUAAACCUUAUGUGCCUUUAGGAAAAAUGGACUGUUUUUAACUUACCAUUGAUUGGGUCAAUCACUAUUGACCUAAAGUAGUGUCACCUAUUCUGUCAUAACUGCCACCUAUGACUAAGUUGAGAUCGUUUAUCAAAUCAUUGUUACAGGGUUUCCUACGCUGUCAUAAUAUCUUUGAUCUUGUAUUCUUAAAAUCAUUACCAACGAACUUCUUGAAGCCACCAAUUUGACCUAUGGAUCAUGUCUUUAAUUCUCAGGCAUUGAUGUACCUAAUGACUAUAUUGAUCCUUAUAAUCAUGGAUUGUAACAAAAUAAAAAAAAUGUAAAUAUAGGCAGUUGGUGUGAAAAAUAUGUGGUGAAACAAUCAUCUUUGUAUUUUUCUCAAUGUUUGUUUUCUGGAUAAUGAUUCGUUGCAUUUAUUUUCGAUCUAUUCACUGAAAGUGAUGUAACAAUCGGCAUAGAAAAUGGCCAGUCAAAAUACUGCAAGUUCAGUCUAGAAUAUUACUGUGUUAUUUUGAUAUGUUUCUUAUCAAAAACUAGGUGGGUCAUCCCGUCAGUGGACAUGGUUAUGACAUUAACUUAAUAUAUGGGAUUUUUCCUGUAAAUUUCAUCGAGUUUAAAUCAUUGUGCCAAAACUAAAAGGUGUAAAGUUAAGUUUUGUUUCCAGCAAAUACUGUCCCCUCUAUACGUAAUGAGGUGUAGAAGUGAAAAAUAUGUAAAUAUUUUUUAUGGAAGAGGCUGUGAUUCAAUAUCAGCUGGUUUUUUAAAAUAAUGUUUUUGUGAAACGGCUAUCUUUCAGUGCAGGCCUGCUUUGCACGAAUGCUUUUCUCUAUUUUAAUAUUUUCAAAUGCUGAGAGUGUCAAGCAAACUGGAUAAGCUGGACAAGUCAGGGAAUUCAAGUUUAAAACUUUGUUUUCGAUUUUGUAAAAUUCAAAUCUAGUCUGUUGUAAUUUAAUUUCGUCAUUUUGUGCUGCUGUUUUUCCCCAGUAGUCGUUGAAAUAAUAUUUUGCUACUUGCAUGAAAACCAUCAUGUUUAAAUCAAGUUUGUGAUCGCAUCGAUAAAAGUCUCUGGUUUUAAUGAUACUUAAACAGAAAUUGUGUUGCAUAACCUAGUAAAAAUAAAAAAAAAUGUUGGAAACUUUAAUAAUGGAAAGUUAGAAUAUUAGAGCAAAUCACUCUCAGACAUCCUGUAUUCAUGGAAAGUUGAGAGAGGGACCACUUGGCACUCUGCAAGAUGUUUUUUAAUGCUACUUUGCUUCAGUCAAAAAUGUUUAUUUUAUGUUUUGUUUAUUUCUCAAAUCCUGUGGAUAGCACAGAGAAAAAAAAAAAUGUACAUAUUUACUUACCCCUCCUUAUUUAUACAUAUAUUUACCACAAAUUUAUCGCAGAUUGCAACUCUUAUAAAGUAUAAUUAGACAUACUAUAGAAUUGGAAAAAGGGUUUGGAAGCAGCUGAACUCGUUACGUUUUAUUUAUUUACUUAUGUAUGAUCGAGUCUGUGAAAAGGGACUUGAUCUCCUGGGAGAAAAUUUGCAUUUGCUUUUCCUCAAAUGCAUGGAGGAAGAAAAUCUGGACAUUGUUGCGCAAAGACCUUGUUAGCUGAAACAUUGAAGGAACUAUGAGUCCUAAAGAUCCAAGUUAAACAUUUUUGCUGUAGAAAAUCGUGGUUUGCGUUUUCAAAUAACAUAAAAGAAAAUGUUUUCCCAGAAAAUGAGGCUCCUUUCCAUGGAUCCAGUCAUAUUUAUCUGUUUAUCUUCUUUUAUUUUUUUUUGUAACUAACAAAUAGGUUUUUAUGUAGUUGAUAUUAUUAACUGUUUUGUUUGAAAGUGUAUCUAUCUGAUUGUCAUUAAAUUUUCCGAUAUGUUCGGUAGUAGGUUUGAGUUAAUAACCUCUGCUCUUUGUUAAAUGAAUGUUUUAGCUGUAUUUUAUUUUAUUGCAUCAUCAUUCUAUUUAAUUUCUCUAAAUUUAUUUAAUAAAUUGAUUAAUGGGCAUGCAAUCUAAA